ACUGGAAAAGCAUCCACUGUCAUACUGAACUUUAAAACAAUUCCUUGGGCUAGCAUCGUACUACCGAACAUUUGUGAGCCAAACGGGAACGUUACAUCAACUGCUUAAUAAACUUGUAAAGUGGGUGGAGACCCCGGGGUGUGAGGGAGCUUUGACAAGUUCAAGAGACGAUUCACCAACGCGCCAAUUCUAAAAGACCCUCAUUUCGACCACAAGUUCAUUGCAGACGUUCAGAAUAAGGUGUUUGAGCAGUGUCGGCUCAGGUUGAGGAUCGCCGACGAAAUCGACGCAUAG